AUGGCGCUCAAUGACAGUAGUAGCGACGCAGAGCUUCAGCAACUUAAGCAGACGCUGGAAGAUUCACUGGUGCUUGGUCAUGAUUUGGUGUCACUAGACGAGGGUUUUGUACCACGUGGUCCGGAGACAAGAGGCUUUGAAGUGGAGCCACGUGCUAGCGCCUUCUACGGAGUCUCUGUAGACGAUGAAGACGAGGAAGAUGAGGAUGUGGAUCGUCUUGAAAUACCCGACAAUCGUUACGCUGGUGUUAUUUACGCUGCACGUUUUUUUGUAACACGCGUCGGUUUUCUUCGAUCUGCUAAACGUCUAAUGGUGUUUAGUAGCAAUCAUUUGACAAUUGUUGAUCCUUAUUCUGAUGAGAUCAAAGAACGUUACGCAUUUGAUAAUAUCAAGGAAAUUACAAUUGCAUCGGAUAGUGGUGGACAUAAUACGGACCGAGCUUUUUCGGUCUUUAUUGGAAAGAAUCUGAAAGAGACAUAUACAUGUCGAUGUCGACAGCAAUUAUUGUCGACGUACUAUCAGUUGCGAGAACGUGCUUCAUUCUGUAAAAAAGAUGAGAUUGAUGCCGCUACUGCAGAUGCUCUUAGUGCUGUGGGGGCUAGUGUGGCUACAAAUGACAAUAAUUGGACUUCGAGCUCGGGAGGUCUUGCAGGAGCAGGAGCAAGUAACGCGAAUCUCCUGGGCAGUGGUAUGUACUUUGACAGUUUGUUUCAGUUGUGUGGAAAAACAUUUACAAUGACAAAGCUUAGCACGACACGCAGUAUCGCAAUUCAUCCGGUCAAAGUGGAUGUAUUGCUGGCCGUGCGAGCCGCUAGCUUGGAUCGACUCGAUCCGCAGACACGCGCGACACUAUCGUCGAUUUUACUGAUUGAUAUCGUCAAGAUCCAGCGAGUGAACACCAAUUCGAAUGAACUCGUGCUCUACUUUGAGAACAACCGAGUGCACCGUUACUGGUGCGACAGUCGCGAGCCGUUCAUCCAAGCCAUUGCCAAUAAUCUGCGCUCCUGGCUAAGCGUAUCGCUUGUUGUGGAAGAAGUGUCUGACUCGUGCGAGUUUGACGCACUUACAUCGACGCGGGACAUCCCGCAACCCGUAACCUUUGAGAUCCCUGUAUUAAAGAUUAGCAAGUCUGGCAAGUUGCAGCUACGGUUGCUCGGUCUGACCGCGUUAGCAAUCAUCGAGCGAGACUCAGUGACACGGAAGACAAUGGCGAGCCACGCAUUGAACGAUCUCUUUAACGUGGUGAUGUACCCAUCGGUGUCGUCUUUUCAAGAUGACUCGGAUAGUGAUUCGUCAGAGGGUUUGUGUGGCAAGUUUGCGCUCGAGUUGAAGCACGGACUGACGCGUCGUUUUAUCUGUCUGAGCUCUACGGCAAGCAGACGUGAUAAAGAUGUUAGUCUGGGACUAAUGCGUGUAUCUUCACAACAUGAGAAUGAACUUCGCCAACUCAUUGGAGACAUUGCGGGAGACAUGAAUGUACCUGAAUGGCUGAAGGUUGCUGGAUCUACGACAUUGCUCAGUCCAAAGGAAGCACGAAGUCUAUUUCUAAGCAACAUGAUCGAAAUGUGCCGCAUGAACAAGCUGCAUGUUCCUUGGUCAACGGAGGAGACGAAAAUUGCAUGUAAGGAAGGAACGUGGAGUACUGAGGUCCACCCUGAAUAUGAAGACAUUUUGUUGCGCAAGCUGGUCAAUUUGAACUUCAUUCCGAAUCUUGUGACGAACGCGAGUAUGUCGCUCAUUUACCAUCACCUGGUUCAGUUUAAUCGCAAUAUUCCGUUGGGAGGUCUGCGUCAGCGCGAUCGACGUGCUUUUGCGAGCCUGAUGAAGUUACUUGAAAACUUUAAACUGUAUUCGGUGGCCCAACUCAACAGCCUGUCCAACACGGAUGCUCCAAUCCCGACAACAGAGUUUCAAGUGGAGCUGCUAUUGGCAAUUCAGCGUUUGCUAUGCACCCGUGGAGUCUUUGAGGAAGUCCCUAGUUCGCAGUACAAGCACAGUGUCGAAGUGAUUAUGGAGUUGCUUCAUUCUCCGAUGGAGGAAGUUAGCUUUGCAGCAGCAUGUGUAAUUAAGUACAUGGUGGUCAACUACUCUGAUACUCGCAGCUUGAAGUCUGAGACGGCCAACCGUCGAGCAAUUUUCACGAAGAAUCAUAGCCGGAUGUACGUGUCUCGCGCAUUUGACCUGUCAAGGACGAAUCGGGUGGGCAGCAUGCCAUUACAUUCUACCGCCAUAAAGACUGGGUCGAAACAUGGCUUGCCAUCAGUUGCGGCAAUGUCCAAUACUGAACGCAGCAUGGCAAAUGCUUUAGCGUAUUCCCAGCUUGGAUUAGACUACCUUGUUCUUGCUAUGAUCCUGCAGACACUUGAAGUUUGCCUGUCGAGCGGAAAGAAGGCAACCCCUGAAAGAGUGACCAGAGACUUACUUCGAGCUAUGCGGUUUGACGAUUUUUCUCGUCACCAUUCUUUGUUCUUAUUCAACCGAUCAUUGAGUUUAUCAAUUACAAAGUGCUCGUCUAUUUUGGUAAAAGUCCAUAUUUUGGAGCAACCUACUGAGCUUGUUGAGCUGAUUCAAGAUUUUGCAAGAAAACACGGCGCGCUUGUUUGGCAGCUUUACUUGGCCUUGUAUACUCAAGACAAGGCUCAGCGUCGGAUCUCGUCCCAAUUGGUAGCUUUGCUUACGCACGAAAAUCCGCGCUCGUCGUACGUCAUUCGGAAUAUUUUUCCACAUGCGUUGCUGGAUGACCAGAAAACCACCCAAUUGGAAUACGACGAGUUUGGCCGACGCCUUCCGACUGCAAAUCCUGAGCUGUACGUAAAAAACAACGAUGCUUUGCAUAAGAAUGGUAGCCGCCGUGAUAUCACCAAUGCUACAGAAAGUGGCCACAGCAAAAUGAGCUGCGGGAUUAACACACGUGCUCGCUUGGCGCGAAAUGUGAAGCACGCUGUGCUCUUGCCCGAAUUUUUUGACCGCCUUGGUAAAACCUAUGCGACAAAAGAUCUUGUGUGGGGCCCUAACGCUGUUGAAGAACUGAUUCGUAAGCUACAGGCCGAAAUGAGCGCACUGGACUUGUACCGACUGAAGUACUUAGGGUAUCUGUACACGGAUCCACUUGCCACUGAUCACAUGGAAACUGAAUGGCAUCGCCGCGAUCCGCAGCAAGCAAAUUUUGCUCCGUUUCUUUUCGAGUUCUUGCAAAAUGGUCCCGAAAGCCGCCUCGCGAUUGAAAUGAUGAAGGGAACAAUUUCAUCCUCGAAUCGUUUUGCUAGGUACAUGCCUUUAUCAUUCCUUCUGAAUCCUGACACGUUUGAUGACGUUGAGAGUGAAGGCGGGAUUGAUGAGGACAACUAUGACAGCGAUGAUAAUUACACUGACGAAAAUGGGUCUGUUUCUCAAUCCAACAAUAUAAUACGACCUGGUGAUAGCACAGAGCACAAGCACGACGAUCACGUUGGUUCUCAUGAAGGGAUUCGUAGUGCAAAUUUGGCCAAGAAGAGAAAGCGAAGCGCCAAAAAUAUGCCACGGUGGUUUGUGGCUUGGAAUUGCAAUGAAUUUCGUAUCGAUUAUGAGUGUCUGGAGAGCGAGGUAAAGGUUGGGCCGUAUUAUCUCGCAAAUAUUCUGGACGAUCGUGGUGUCUUGGUGGGAGAUGUUGAGGGUGCAGAGAAAUUUAUGACGCUACUGUAUUACCGCCUACUAGCCGAAGACCGUGUCAUUACUGCUAACAAGCUUCAAAAGGGAGGACAAUAUUUCUCAGCGGAUUCAUUUGGCAACAUGGACCAGUCUGACAUUCGAUUGCUAGUUUUAAAGGUCAUGAUUCAGCUAUACGAGCGUCACUUUAAUGAAUUAGGUUCACUGAUAUUUCUGAACCACUUUCUUCGAGUGAGCAUGAUGAAAGCCAAAACCGGCGAGGAUCGACGUUGGCCACUAAUUGUCCGUGGCAACAUAAUGCUGUUUCUGGAUCGUGUUCUCUCUAGUGCAUUGAAUGUGUCGCGGUUUUUACGUGAAGGGAACAACGUUACAAUGGUAUUGGAUUUGCUUCGUGAAGUGAAACCGUUGGUCGUUCUUCAAGGACCCAACGAUUCUGAAAAAGAGUAUAUUGUAGAACCUGCAGCGGAUUUGCAGGCUGAACUUGAUGCAUCUGAAGAUGAGAUUGAAGACGAGGAUAAUGAGAAAUACGCUGAUGAUAGAGGCGAAUAUGAUGAUGAUGAUGGCGACGACUACGAUGACGAGCGGGAUAUAGCAAGGAGAACGAUUGAUGCAUUGGAAGAGUCUGGUGCAGAAAGUUCCAUUGUUUCUGGCCACUCCGUUUCUCCAACCUAUGCAAAUUCCGAUGGCGACAGUGUACAGAUUGAAGUAGAACCUAGUCGUGUGACAGUUGUGGCAGAGCAUUGCGGUGCGAUGAGCGGAUCGAUGAUUAUGCAGACCUGCUUAAGUGUUUUAAGUCGCCUCAUCGAUUGUCACACAGCGGAAGAAGAAGGACAUAUAUACCAGGAUGUGCGUUUCCCCAAAUACGGACGGCUAACACACUUUGAAGGCUCGGGUGUGAGCCCAAUUAGCUCCAUUAAGCACCGGCUAUGCGAAGAUCAGACGCUGCGAUUUUUGGUCGGACUUUUGGAUUGUCCGAAUCGCAUUGUUUUUAAAAAGUGUCUCGGCUUGAUCCGGCUUCUCGUUCGACACAACGAGGCAAUCAUUCCGAACCUUCACGCCUCAGGAAUUUUUUACUAUCUUCUUCGAUUUGCCAACGAUGUGGACGAAAUGUCGAUUGCAGCGCGUCUUAUCUCUCAUAUUCAUUUGCGGCAAUCAGGACUUGAUAUUUCGCAUCUUAUCGAUGAUAAACAAAAAAAUGGGAAAAAGGGUGUUUUUUCUCCAGACCCGUUGACCUGUAUCUGCUUGAGGAGCUGGCUAGUGCGAGUGCUGCCAGUGUCGAUGGUUGCUCAGCUGUUGCGCCAUGGCCCGCGACGGUUUGCUACGGCGUUGUUCUCCGACGCUAACAACCCCGAAGUGGUUUGGAAUGCCAGUAUGCGUAAUCAAAUGGUGUCCUACAUUGAGAAAUUUAUGGAGUUACAUACUGAUGAAAGUGGAAUGUUCUAUAUUUCGGAGAAUGAGGGAUCGGAGCAUAAGGCUUGUACUGCACUGAUCCAGUACCCGAAGGAAGUUCACGCACUACAGUGCUACCAGUACUAUCUGCACAACCUUCUUGACGAGAAAUCUUUUCCUGGGUGGCCUAUCAAUGACGAGGCUGCUUUUCUACAUGCUCUUCUCGAUUCCAUGUACCGUUGGGUGCACCCGAAGUUGUUGCUAACUCCUAGCGGCGCAACAGCCACUGAAGGCCAAUCUACGAAAUUACUCUCAGUGUUUGAUGCUGUCGAGUUGCUCGAUGCUAUCGCGUUGCUUUUACGCCGUUUUUCUGACUCGCCAACUGUCACGAUCCUGCAAAACUUCAUAUAUAUCUUAGAGGCCCUGGAGCGAUGCAUUACGGAAUUAAAAGACAAUCGUGUUGGCACGACGAAAAAGUGUCAUGACGUGUCCAACACCGUUGUGACCAAAACGGCGUUUGUGAAGGCAUUUGGAAGUGCUAUCCGUGUAAUCAAUUUGGCGGUCAGUAUUUCGGACGAGAACGCCCAUCAGUGUAGUUCGGGACUCGGUCUUCGUGUGCUUUGCAACUCUCUUCAAUUGCUUUUCCAUAAUCAAGAAGCACUGAGUGCUCUUGACGGAUGCGCACCGGACGUGAUGACACAUUGGGUGUUAGAGGCUCUUGUAAACGUUUUGAACCAGCCAAAUGGACGUGUGUCGGCUGCUGCACAGUCAAUUGAUCUGUUGCCUUGCUUGACACGUUUCCUUUCGCAAGAAGGUGAUCACUUGGCUACAGAUCUCUCUCUUCAAAUUGUGUACGAAAUGGCUGGAAGCUCGGGGGAAAUGGCUGAAGUUCUUUUGCUGCAGCUUGCUGAGCACGGAAUUCUGUGGUAUUUAACACUCCUGUUGUUCCAUUACCAGCCGAACAAUGAUGACAGUAACGGAGAGUUGCAGCGUAUUAGCAUCGGUGCAGCAAAAGCGCUGGGCCGAAUCUUGGAAGCUAACGCGAGAGAGGAGUCAAUCGCUGUGUUUGUCACGAGAAUGCAGACUACAAUCGAGCAGAUUUUUACGCGUCCGCUAGUAGACAUUCUGCGACGAGCGGGGCCUAUUAAAAUGCUGGAUGUAUUGGCAAGUGAGGUUCGCGAGCCCCACGUAAUGUGGACCGAUCGCAUGCGGAAGGAGUUGAUCAGUCUUGCCCAACGUGCAGUUCAAUUUCAUACCACGAUGGAUCAAAGCGACGGGGAAGUGCAUAAAGUGUUUGAACUACCGUCUUACUUUAUGUUCACGGCACAAAAGGAAGAGCUGUGCGUGGCCGGCAUCUACGUCAAUUUUUACAACGAAAACCCGAAGAAUGGCCUUCUCGCCCAGAUUGCUGGCACCGUGAACACUAAUGGAAGUCGUGCCGAUAUGUUCAAGCCAAAGCUAACAACAAAGAAGGAAAUUCAAGCUGCCGCUGCAGUGGCCGCGGAGCGGGAAAAUCGUACCGUAAGUGGACACGUGAUGCACGGUCUGUUGGCAGCGCUAUCAUACGACAUAUCAGGUGUGCGCGCCCAACCACAAGCACUUGAGAGUAUUUUACUUCUGCGCUUGCUUCCAGUGGCCACGGCCAUUAGAAACCUAUUGCAGUAUACGCCUGACAUGGAUGUGCAGGUUGUCCAGGCAGACGGCCUGGUGACGCUCUUGUUUGUACUAGACCAUGAGGCGCAACCUCAGGGAUUUUCAUUUGCGAAUGCACCGCUACUGCAACUUCGUUGCAUGGAAUGCAUGCACAUGUUGUCAUUUAGUGGCAAAUGCGUGGAUCCUUUGGCAACCGUGGUUCCUCCUUUUAUCAAGAGCGCAUUCCAAGUCGUGUAUAGGAACCUGGCUCGCAACGAGGCUUCCACUGAGGGUCAGCUGGCUCGAAUAACGUUGCAGUUACUUGGAAAUUUGUGCCUUAUCCCUGCCUGCAUCGAUAAUCUCGUGAAAGGAAUGGAUCCCGCUAGCCUGUCAAACCUAUUACCGCACGUGUGGCUGGGUGACUCGACGACAAUGCAGCUUCUUUUGUGCUUGCACAUGAUUCCACUCAAACGGCACACACAAGCUGCCACCGAGUUUGCGAAGGCCGCAGUGAGCUCGCAACUUGCAGCAGCGCUUCUGAACCUACUUUCCACGCUCGUACCUCGAUCUAAGAUGGGGGAGAGCACAGCGACUAAACAGUAUGCCGCGCGUUUUCUUUCGGUACUAUCAUCCAACCCAGGAAGUGGUGGUGCUAUCUCGAGCUUGCUUAUCGCGUCCCGCGUCUGGGAGACCCAUGGUGACACUACUCAAGCCACGUCUGAAGACCUUCGCUGUUUGCUUGUGCCCCCACACGCACCCGCAUUGCUAAAAGCACCCCACGCAAAUCCUAACAAGGUCGGGUAA